AUGACAUCCUCCCCCGCCUCCAAACGCCAAAAACACUCUUCCGCCUCCCCCUCCCCUCCCUACGAGCUCCUCUACUGGCCCACCAUACCCGGCCGCGGCGAACACAUCCGCCUCUGCUUCGAAGAGACCCAAACCCCCUACACCGACACCUGCAACGCGGACCCGCAAACCGGCCCCCAAACCCUGCGCUCCCUCAUCUCCGGCGCGAACGACGGCGACGCCACGAACCCGCCGCCGCUGGCCCCGCCGGCGCUCCGGCACGGCGACCUCCUGCUCAGCCAAACGCCCAACAUCCUCCUCUACCUCGGCCCGAAGCUGGGCCUGGCGGGACCCGGCGGCGGGGACGGGGACGCGGUGUACCACGUGAACCAGCUCGCGCUGACGGCGUUGGACGGGCUGAGCGACGAAGCGCACGACACGCACCACCCCGUGGCCACGGGCGCGUAUUACGAGGAUCAGAAGGAGGAAGCGAAGCGGAAAGCCGCCGACUAUAUAUCCAAUCGGCUUCCCAAGUUCCUCGGCUACUUCGAGCGUGUGUUGCGAGGUGAAGCGAGUGGCGGCGGGGAGUGGCUCUAUGGGGGACAGUUGACGUAUGCGGAUUUGGUGCUUUGGCAGUGCGUGGAUGGGGUCAGCUUUGCGUUUCCGGUGGCGGUGAAGCAGAUGAGGGAGGGUGGGAAGUAUGGGAGGGUGUUUGGGCUGUAUGAGAGGGUGAAGGGGAGGGAGAAUAUUGCGGCGUAUCUGAAGAGUGGUAGGCGGCAGAAGUAUAGUAUGGGGAUCUACAGGCAUUAUCCGGAGCUGGAUGCUGAGGAGGUUUAG